GUGCACUUCCUUUUACCACAAAGAAGCCAAUAUAUUUGAAGAGCAGUGGCAGUCUGUCACUUGAGAUACGUGUUCUACAUCUAACAACCAAGAUUUUAAGUUGCAGCAUGGAUCCACAGUCAAAAAUACUGUUCUGCUGGAUUUGUCUUCAAGCGAUCUUUGCCUCAGUUUUUUCGGACGUGUGGAAGGCAGAAGUUGUCUCUCCAGUGGAGGCGCUGGUCUCAUCUUGUGUCGUGUUGCCUUGUAAGUUUAAUUACCCUGGCACUCAACUUCCUGACUCUCGGAUAAAGGGAAUCUGGCACAAACAGACAGGCAAAGAGGAUCGCAUUUAUGAUGAAGAUCAUCAUUUGAUUGGAGACAACUUCAAGGGUCGCACAAAGCUAGUUGGCCGAUUGAGUGAGAAAAACUGCUCCUUGGAGAUCGAUGAUGUGAAAGACCACGACGACGGCCCAUUCUGUUUCAGAGCUGAACUCCCAGAAGACAAAAAAUUCUCUUUUGUGGAGAAGUGUGUGACCAUCACUAUGAAGCCUGAACCUGACCAGCCAAAAGUGGAACAUGAUGAAUCCUUCACGGACGGAGCAAUUGCCAUCUUUAAAUGUUAUGUCAGACACACCUGUCCCACACACCACCCAGCUAUUGAAUGGAGUCGUCAAGAGCCUAAACCCCGUUUGUCCUAUAAGGAUAAUGGCUAUGGAGUUUGGGAGGUGGAGUCCCUCCUGAGCUUCACUACCAAAGAGGAAGACGAUCACACUAAUAUCACCUGCACUGUCACUUUCCACGGCAACAAGAAAUCUGCAGUCACUAAGAAGAUAUUCAUAAAACGUAAGACCAGUAAACAAAAUAUCUUUCACAUCAUUAUUCCUGUGGCUGCUGUGCUCGGAACCAUCGUUGUAUUUGGAAUGGCAUGUUUCUUCAUGACCAAGAGAUACAAGAGACAGAUCCAAGAGCUCCAAUCUAGAAAUCCAAAUGGGGUAUGGAGUCGUCUCUCCAGAAUGUCUCGCAGGGUCAGGUCAGUGGGAUCGAUGAGGAGCAGGAGAGACGGAGCCUGAUUCACUCAGAACUAAUCUAAGAGCCAUGGAAGAAGGCAAGAGCCUGAAAUGAGUGUUGCCACUAAGUCAAACAACUGUGUAAGUGCUGUGUCAGGAACAGCGGGAUUCUCAAAACCCCGCUUUCCAUCUCCAAAGAGUGAAAAAAAAGGCUACAACAAAUCUGGUGGCAGACAUUCAGAUAGCUAUGAUGAUGAUUACACCAACGUGGGUGACCUCAAUGUUUAUGGGAAUAUCUGAUGACAGUAAUUCUUUUUUUGUUUGCUUGUGUUGUUUUUGCUGUUUUUUUUUAUGUGAUUUUCUUUUUAUGCUUAAUGUGUGCCUUGGUGUUUAAAACAUUCUGUUGUAAUGAGAAUCCUAUUCAUGCUUUGUAUGGGGAGUUUGUUAAAUGAGGAAGCCGUUGAGUCUUCAUACUGUAUGUUGGCUAUGAUGAGGAUAUUUGCAUAUUGGAAAGGUCCGCUGAACACCAACUUCAUCACAGAUUAUACUAUUUUUACAUUUCAGUAGGUAGGGUUUUAGUUCCUUUUACUAGCUGGUGAUUAACCAAGCAUUGUGUAUGCCCACACACUUAUUCCAUGAAGAUGCCCUUCUAAGCAUAAACUGAUUUAAAAAAAAAAGUGAAUAGAAAUAUGUUUAUAAUUAGACCUGUCAUAUUUUAUGAAUUAGGAUAAUGGAUACACAAAUGAGCUUGUGAUUUCAUUACAGUAAAGAAAGGCUUGCUUUGCAAAAAAAGAAGAAAAAGAUAAAUGCGCUGAUUUAUGGAUAUUAUGUUUAAUUGAUUAGUAACUCUACUAAUAAUAAAAAUACUGCUGUGGUUUCUUUGUUUUUUGUGACCAUUAAAGUGUAAAACAAGUAUUAAUA